CUGUUCAGCCCAAUAAAUGUGCACAGAGAUAUUGUCGUGACUAUAUAUUCAGCCUUGUCCUAAAAUGCACAACUGUAAAUCUUGUCCUACAAAUCUCACGCGCACACUUGUAGAAUUUAAAACAUCGUGGACGCAUCCUUGAGGUGCUAUUAAAAUCAACAACUUACCUCAAUGAUUUCUGUUUAAAAUAAGACCAUAUCCUAGUUAUUCACCCACCAAUUCACCAUGGGGGUUCCUGUGAGCGUCCAGCGUGCGACCAAGGUGCAGCGAAAGCAAAAUGAGGCUAUUGAAGAAUACCUUCAACGCAGCAAACUCGAAGAAGCUCAAUCAGUAAAACUACUUCUUUUAGGCGCAGCGGAGUCUGGAAAGAGCACCUUCGCAAAGCAAAUGAAGAUUAUCCACAUGAAUGGAUUUACGGACGAGGACCGAUGUUUUUACAGAGCACAAAUAGUGGACAAUUUAGUGGAGAACAUGUGCUGUAUAUUGCAUGCGAUGAAAAAGCUACAGAUACCAUUGGAACAUGGAACACGAGAGAUCGAUGCAAACAUCGUGCUGAAGUAUGCCCCAUUAAUAAAGCAAGAUGUCGGUUGCCUGUUACCGUCAGUGGCGGAUGCCAUCAAAACACUUUGGUCAGACGCAGGAGUUCAAGAAGCCUUUAAGCGCGCGUCGGAGUUCCACAUCGGUGAUUCAGCUCAAUACUACUUCGACAACGUAGACCGCAUUUCCUUACCCGGCUACAUCCCGAAUGAACAAGAUGUCCUAAGAGCCCGAGUGCGGACCACAGGAAUCAUACAAACUGUGUUCCCAUUAAGGGGCUUUAACUUCAAAUUGUUUGAUGUAGGGGGCCAAAGGUCAGAGCGGCGAAAAUGGAUACACGUCUUCGAUAAUGUGACGGCCAUUUUGUUCACCUGUGCGUUAAGUGAAUACGACCAAGUACUCGUAGAAGACAGUGCAGUGAACCGUAUGCAUGAGAGCAUGUGCCUUUUUAGCUCCAUUUGCAAUUAUGCGCUUUUUCAAAAGACACCCAUGAUUCUCCUACUCAACAAAAAAGAUAUUUUCGAAAAGAAGAUCUUGACUUCACCACUCAGUGCUUGCUUCAAAAACUACCAAGGAAAGAACACUUUUGAUGAGGCGGCAAAUUAUAUCAGAAAAAAGUUUGAAGGAUUAGCAAGGACCAAGAAAGAGAUUUACGUACAUUACACAAAUGCAACAGACACAUCAAAUAUUAACUUUGUAUUUGACGCGUCAAUGGCUGUGUUCAUACGGCAAAACUUACAAGAUGUGGGGAUGUUUUGAUCUUCGUUCACGGGAC